AUGCCCUUUGGACACUUAUUCGGUGGUGGACUUGGCAUUGAAGAUACCUUCUUCGCUUCUAAGGACCAUGACCUCCACCGCAAAAGAAGAAAGCCAAUUGAACCCUACUUCUCCCGUAACGGUGUCUUGAAGCUUGAAGAGUUAAUCGGUGAGCGUGUCGAGAAGUUAUUCCACAGGUUCCAUGAACUCUCUGGCACUGGUGUUGUAGUUCGUCUUGACUAUGCUUUUGAGGCCUUUACUGGCGACGUCAUGCAACAUAUUUGCAUUGAGAAGCCCAAGUCGCUUCUUGCAACUGAUGACUUUGGUGAGAAAUGGUUUGAGAUGCUUCGAAACGUCUCAUUGAGCGUACCUCUCAUGGGCAUGUUGCCAUGGCUCGUCCAUAUUCUCCAGUUUAUCCUUGAGCGCUGUAUUAUUUGGUUCGCGCCAUCAACAGCUUAUUUUCAGAAUAUUCAAAUCCAAGCGGGUCGUCAGAUUGAGGAAGCCAAGCAGGAGAAAUUCGAAAAUGAUCGUAAAGGCGUAAAGUCUAUUGGCGGCAAGCCCACCCUCUUCCGCUACCUCAUUCACGAAAGUGACCUGGCGCCUCAGGAUCUGAGCACAGAAAGACUGCAAAAGGAGGCAAUGGUACUGCUUGGUGGCGGAACCACUACUACCGCUCGGACAGCUACAAUGACCUGCUUCUGGAUGCUCAGCAUGCCAGAAAAAGGUCAACGUCUCCGUGAGGAGCUCAAGCCCGUUAUGGCGGGAUAUCCCCAGAAGAAGCCAUCUCUUACGGAGCUUGAGAAGCUUCCUUACUUGGGAGCUGUCAUCAAAGAGAGUCUGAGAAUGGCAUAUGGGUCAAUGCGUCGACUCCCUCGCACUUCACCCGACACAGCUCUCCAAUUCAGAGAUUGGACGAUCCCGCCAGGCACACCUGUUGGAAUGAACGCCUACUAUCUUCAUACUGAUCCAAUUGCUUUCCCUGAGCCUUUUGAGUAUAAACCUGAGCGAUGGCUCGACAAUGUUACGCCAGAAAUGAAUCGCAGCUUUGUUCCAUUCUCUCGAGGCUCCCGUCGAUGCCCUGGCUCUAGUUUGGCUCUUGCUGAUCUCCAUUUUGUGCUUGCGGCUUUAUUUGGCCCUUCUGGUCCCAAGUUCGAGCUAUUCAAUUCAGACAGAUCUGACGUGGAUGCGAUUCAUGACUAUUUGAUGCCUCUUCCUCGACUUGACUCAAAGGGAGUUCGAGUCACGGUCAAGUAG